CUGCCUCCUCAUCGCAGCCGCCACAGACCAUUUCCGAAUACACUCAAAUGCGUCGAGAACCAUAGCCACACACAACCAUUCAACAUUCAUGAAUGGGUUCCUCACCGCCGCCCGAUGCACCAAGAUGAGAAAUACGACGGCCAUUAUCGCCCCAGGCGAGCCCCUCCUCCACUUCCAUUUUCUCCUACUCGUCAAACCCUUCUUUUCCGUGGCCUCUCUCCCCGCGGACCAUCUCCACCCGGACCCAAUCGAUCUCCCGUCCCAGCUCCUCUCCAUCCUCUCCCGCCCCAAUUGGCAGAAACACCCCUCCCUCAAGAACCUAAUCCCUUCCAUAUCCCCCUCCCAUGUCUCUACCCUCUUUACCCUCGACCUCGAUCCCCAGACUGCCCUAGGGUUCUUCCACUGGAUCUCCCAAAAGCCAGGGUUCAGUCACAACGUUCACUCACACUCCUCGUUGCUCAACGUUCUCGUUCGUUUCGGUCAUCUCGGUGCCGCCGAGAAGAUUCGGAUUUUGAUGAUCAGAUCGUGCGAAUCGCCCGACGAUGCGCGAUUCGUGUUGGACGCACUUCGGAGGAUGAAUCGCAAAGACGGUGAGUUUCGGUUCAAGCUUAGUCUUAAGAGCUAUAACAUGCUGUUAAUGUCGUUGUCGAAGUUCCUUAUGGUUGAGGAAAUGAAGGGCGUAUAUUUUGAGAUGUUGGAGGAUUUGAUUCCGCCGAAUAUAUAUACUUUGAAUACAAUGGUUAAUGGGUAUUGUAAAUUGGGGAAUGUGGUUGAGGCACGGUUGUAUGUGAGUAAGAUAGUGCAGGCCGGGUUGAGUCCCGAUACGUUUACAUACACUUCGUUGAUAUUGGGGCAUUGUAGGAAUAAGGAUGUAGAUAGUGCUUACAGGGUGUUUAAGCUUAUGCCGCAAAAGGGUUGUCGAAGAAAUGAGGUUUCUUAUGCUAAUUUGAUUCAUGGGCUUUGUGAAGCCGCACGGAUUGAUGAGGCUCUUAAGUUGUUCUCCCAAAUGGGGGAGGAUUAUUGUCGUCCGACGGUUCGGAUAUACACUGUUAUCAUAUGUGCAUUGUGUGGAUUGGGUAGGAAGGUUGAAGCUUUGAAGUUUUUCGAGGAGAUGAAAGAGAAAGGUUGCGAGCCAAAUGUUCAUACUUACACAGUUCUAAUCGAUAGCAUGUGUAAGGAGCAUAAGCUUGAUGAGGCAAGAAAAAUGGUACAUGGGAUGUUAGAGAAACGGUUGGUUCCCAAUGUGGUCACAUACAAUGCUUUGAUUGAUGGGUAUUGCAAGGAGGGAAUGACUGAGGCUGCAUUGGAAAUUUUUGGUUUGAUGGAGUCAAAUAAGUGUAGUCCAAAUGCUCGUACAUACAAUGAGUUGAUAUGCGGGUUUUCUAAGAAGAAAAACAUGCACAAGGCAAUGAUGUUGCUUAAUAAGAUGCUGGAGCGGAAGCUUUCACCAAGCCUUAUCACAUAUAAUUCCUUAAUCCAUGGGCAGUGUAGAGCAGGUCAUUUAGAUACUGCUUAUAGGUUGCUUAACAUUAUGAAAGAAAAUGGUUUUGUUCCUGACGAGUGGACCUACAAUAUUUUCAUAGACACUCUUUGUAAAAGAGGGAGGAUAGAAGAAGCUCGUUCCCUCUUUGAUUCUUUCAAGGAGAACAACAUAAAGGUGAAUGAAGUUAUAUAUACUGCUUUGAUUGAUGGGUACUGCAAGGUUGGGAGAAUAGAUGAUGCUCAAUCUUUGCUGAAUAGAAUGCUUAGUGAGGACUGUUUGCCAAACUCAUUCACUUAUAAUGUAGUGAUAGAUGGGUUGUGCAAAGACAGAAAAGUGCAGGAAGCAUUGUUGCUUGUGGACAAGAUGGUAAAGAUGGAUGUGAAGCCCACAGUUAUUACUUACACAAUUCUCAUUACAGAAAUGUUGAAAGAAGGUGACUUUGACCAUGCUAAUAGGUUACUCAAUCGUAUGGUUUCAUCGGGAUGCCAGCCUGAUGUCUGUACUUAUACUGCCUUUAUUCAUUCGUAUUGCAGCCAAGGGAGAUUGAAAGAAGCAGAGGAUAUGAUGGUUAAGAUGAAUAAAGAAGGAAUAUUACCAGAUUCGCUGACUUAUACACUAUUAAUGGAUGCAUAUGGACGUCUGGGAUUAAUAAAUCGUGCACUUGAUGUUCUAAAGCGCAUGUUUGAUGCUGGUUGUGAGCCUUCACAUUAUAUCUAUUCAUAUUUAAUCAAGCAUCUCUCAAAUGAAAAGCGGAUAAAAGAAUAUAACAACUCUGUGGAACUUGAUUUGGUUUUAAACACUGCAUUAAUUGAUAAUGCAGAUGUUUGGAAGAUGAUGGAAUUUGAAAAUGUUAUGGAGCUCUUUGAGAAAAUGGUUGAACAGGGUUGUGCACCAAAUGUUAACACUUAUGACAAGCUCAUUAUAGGACUUUGCAAAGUCGGGCGCUUAGAAGUCGCCCAAAAGUUAUUUAAUCAUAUGCAAGAAAGAGGAUUGUCUCCUACUGAACAUAUCUAUAACUCGCUUCUUAAUUGUUGCUGUGUAUUGAAUAUGUAUGGGGAAGCUGUAAGAUUGGUGGAUACAAUGAUUGAGCUUGGUCAUUUACCGCAUUUAGAGUCAUGCAGACUGCUUCUUUGUGGGCUAUAUGAUGAAGGAAAUAAAGAGAAGGCUGAAACUGUUUUUUGUGGUUUGCUUCAUUGUGGGUAUAAUCUCGAUGAAGUAGCUUGGAAGCUUCUAAUUGAUGGCUUGCUCAAGAGGGGCCUAGUUAAUAGAUGCUCAGAGCUAUUUGAUAUCAUGGAAAAUAAGGGUUUCCAGGUUCAUCCUCAAACAUAUUCAAUGUUGAUUGAGGGACUUGAUGGAAAAUAAGAUAUUUAUUCUUGGUAUUGUUUCCAUUAUAGUUGUUUUUAUUUAUGAUGAAAGAGGCCUUUCCCAUUGCUGUUUUUCUUUGACGAUGGGGGCUAAUAGUAUAUUGAUGGAACACCAGAUUCUUUGGACACAACUUCAAAACAAAUAGGUGGCCUGUUGCUCUAGCAGAGAAAUUCAUGUUAGAUUGUCACGGAGAAGCUGUUUUCUGAGAAACACAGAAAUUUGGAUGUUCUAUCAGCUGUUUGGAGCAGUAGCACCACACUAGGCAAACAAAUUUUAUUGAACAUCAGGA